GUACGUACAGGAGAGGAGUGUGGAGGUAUGACAGUGAUGGGUACGUACAGGAGAGGAGUACGGAGGUAUGACAGUGAUGGGUAUGUACAGGAGAGGAGUACGGAGGUAUGACAGUGAUGGGUAUGUACAGGAGAGGAGUACGGAGGUAUGACAGUGAUCGGUACGUACAGGAGAGGAGUAUGGAGGUAUGACAGUGAUCGGUACAGGGACAGGAGAGGAGUACGGAGGUAUGACAGUGAUGGGUAAUGUACAGGAGAGGAGUACGGAGGUAUGACAGUGAUCGGUACGUACAGGAGAGGAGUACGGAGGUAUGACAGUGAUGGGUUAUGUACAGGAGAGGAGUACGGAGGUAUGACAGUGAUGGGUAUGUACAGGAGAGGAGUACGGAGGUAUGACCGUUCCCAGGGAGGAGUAUCUCAGGAAGGAGUGUCAGGUCCCAGCGGGUUCUCCUGGUGUCAGCACAGUGGCUGAGUG